CAGCGCGCAUGGCGUGGCAGGUGAGAGUGCCCGAGCUGCAGGACCGGCUUCAAUGUCCCAUCUGCCUGGAGGUCUUCAAGGAGCCCUUGAUGCUGCAGUGCGGCCACUCGUACUGCAAGGGCUGCCUGGUGUCUCUGUCAUGCCACCUGGACUCGGAGCUUCGAUGCCCCGUGUGUCGCCAGGAGGUGGAUGGCAGCAGCUCCCCGCCCAACGUGUCCCUGGCCCGGGUGAUCGAAGUUCUGCAGCUCCCUGGGGCCGCAGAGCCCACGGUCUGUGAGCACCACCGAAACCCACUCAGCCUCUUCUGCGAGAAGGACCAAGAGCUCAUCUGCGGCCUCUGUGGCCUGUUGGGCUCCCACCAGCAUCACCGGGUCACUCCAGUAUCCACUGUCUACAGCCGCAUGAAGGAGGAGCUCGCAGGCCUCAUCUCUGAUGUGAAGCAGGAGCAAAAGGAGGUGGCCGAACUCAUUGCCAAACUAGUGAACAACAGGACCCGGAUUGUGAAUGAGUCUGAUGUCUUCAGUUGGGUAAUCCGCCGAGAGUUCCAGGAACUACACCACCUCGUGGACGAGGAGAAGGCCCGGUGCCUGGAGGGCGUGGAGGGGCACACCCGCGGCCUCGUGGCCUCCCUGGAGAUGCAGCUGGAGCAGGCCCACAGCACCCGGGAGAGGCUGGCGCAGGUUGAGCACGCGCUGCAGCAGCUCGGCAAUGAGAGCCACCACGAGUUCAUCCAGAAGUACCGUGCCAUGGCCCCCAGAGCAGAGCUCCAGCAGGCACGGCCUUUGGAAGGUGCCUUCAGCCCUAUCUCCUUCAAGCCAGGCCUCCACCAGGCUGACAUCAAGCUGACAGUGUGGAAGAGGCUUUUCCGGAAAGUUCUGCCAGCCCCAGAGUCUCUCAAGCUGGACCCUACCACCGCCCACCCCCUCCUGGAGCUCACCAAGGGCAACACAGUGGUACAGUGCGGGCUCCUGGCCCAGCGGCGCGCCAGCCAGCCUGAGCGCUUCGACUACAGCACCUGCGUCCUGGCCACCCGGGGCUUCUCCUGUGGCCGCCACUACUGGGAGGUGCUGGUGGGCAACAAGAGCGACUGGCGCCUGGGGGUCAUCAAGGGCACGGCCAGCCGCAAGGGCAAGUUGAACAAGUCCCCGGAGCACGGAGUGUGGCUGGUUGGUCUCAAGGAGGGCCGCGUGUACGAGGCCUUCAGCUGCCCACGGGUACCGCUGCCUGUGGUAGGCCACCCCCACCGGGUCGGGGUCUACUUGCACUAUGAGCAGGGGGAGCUCACCUUCUUCGAUGCUGAUCGCCCUGAUGACCUGCGACCGAUUUACACGUUCCAGGCUGACUUCCAGGGCAAGCUCUUCCCUAUCCUGGACACGUGCUGGCAUGAGAAGGGCAGCAACUCACUGCCCAUGGUUCUGCCCGCACCCACUGGACCUGGCCACCUCACCCAGCUGCAGCCUACCAAGCUGUAGGCAGACCUGGCGCUGCCUACCCCAGUCCCCUUCCACUGGGCAUUGGAACCAAGGGCUGCCAUUGGGCAACAUCUUCACCUGUGUGGGGUCUUCCCAACUGUGUGUCCCUGUAGCAUUUAUGACAGGGACAGAGGCCACAGGCCCUUCCUUGUUGGCCAGGUGGGGUUAGCAGAGCCAGCUUU